AUGAAUCUUCCAGCAGGCUAUAGGUUUUGCCCCACGGAUGAGGAACUAAUUCUGUACUACCUUCACCCCAAAGUGAACGGAAAGGAGGUACCCGGCCAAGGUAACUCCCCAGUCUUUGAUUUCGAUCUCUACGGCGUCACGGAACCUUGGGAUAUAUGGGAGAAAUUCAAAACAAAAAGAGAAAACGAUUUGAAGUUGAGUAACGACCUCUACUUUUUCACUACGCUCAAGUUGAAGACCACAGAGGGAACACGUAUCUGUAGAACCCUUCCGUCUGGCAGCAAGUGGAAUGGCGAAAACCGCCCUUCUGAAAUUAAAAAUUCUGGCAGUGAAGAUGUUAUUGGCCAUAAAAAAAGAUUUAGCUACAGAAAGAACGGGUCUGAUGAUCAGCAAGAUCGCUGGAUCAUGUAUGAGUUCGACAUUGAUCAAAAGCUGGAGAAUAAGAUUGUUCUGUGCAUGCUUAGAAAAAAGGUCAACGGAUCCGAGAAGAAAAGGAAACAUGGAGAUCUAGAAGACGAGGAGAUGCUUGGAGACAAUAAUAUGGAUAUCUCCAAUGGAGACAGUAACUACGGAGACUUGGAUAGAAAGCAAGUAGUGUCGCUUGAGACACAAGAAAAGCAGCAAUGCUUCUUACCAAGCAACGCGGGAUAUCUUAUACCACGAGUACAACGGCCAGAAGUUUAUGAUCCUUUGCAACAGUUCCACCCUCAAUCCAUUGUUUACAAUGUUGUCCGUCCGCAAACACCAUUACAACUUGAACAAGUUGAUUUUCAUGGCAAGCGAAAUUGGGGACUGCAACACCUACAUCAAGGGGAAGAAACUUGGAAGAAUAAACUCUUAAAAACAUGCAUCAAUAACAAUAUACAAGGACGUGCAUCUGGUUCAGAACAAAAAGCCCUACAAAGAGAAGAAAAUAGGGAGCAUCAAAGCUUCAUGUCAUGUGUUGACAAUGUACAAGCAUUAGGAGCUGAUCAUGAGCAGAGUGCCCUGCUGAAGGAAGUAAAUUGGAGGCAACAAUGCUCCAUGCCGUGCCUUGAUAGUGCCUUGCAGCAAGAGGGAGAAAAUCAUCAGGUGCAGCAAUCCUCACAAGAUAAUGUUGCAAAUGGAAGCUUGAUAAACAACAACAUACCCCACUGUACAGAACCAGUGCCACCAUAUGGUUUAACAAUUGAUCAAGUUGAUCAUGCAGGAAGCGGCGAUGUGCAUGGAGGAUUCGGUGCAGCUAAUGAUGAUUUCGCAUAUACUCCGUGGAUCGAGUCUUUUGCGAAGGAACUCCUGAGGAUUAAUUGUUCCUCGAAGUUCAAUUGA